AUGUUGAAUAGUUUGCUCGACAAAGAUAAGCGCCGCCACUUCUUUGUCAUGCCACGGGUGGCUACAGCUUCCACAGCUUCCAGCACCUUCGGCCACUCCAGAUUCCGCCCCUAUUAUCUCCUUUCCCACAAUCAAUCUCCCCUUUUCGUGAAUUUCUCUCUCCAGUCGCAGAAUCAGACUCGCAGACAUGAAAGAAUUUUCUGCCAAGGCAACCCCAAUCCAGUUGACUCCAAUACAACAGAGCUGUCGGACUUUUCUUGUCAGCACGGCUGGACUUUGGUCUGUCUGUCUUUGAAGGACCUCUCUGCAGCAGGAUUGCCAUAUGAGGAGGCCCUUUCUAAUGGGAAGCCUACUGUUGUGGAGUUCUAUGCAGAUUGGUGUGAAGUAUGUCGAGAAUUAGCUCCUGAUGUCUACAAGGUCGAAAAGCAGUACAAGGACCGAGUUAAUUUUGUUAUGCUGAUCGAUAACAUGAAGUGGGAACAAGAGCUUGUCGAGUUUGGUGUUGAGGGUAUCCCCCAUUUUGCAUUCCUGGACAAAGAUGGGAAUGAAGAGGGCAAUGUUGUGGGUUGCCUUCCUAGGAAAUACUUUCUUGAGAAUGUUGAUGCCCUUGCUCGCAGAGAAACCACUGUACCUUAUGCUUGUGUUGUGGGACAAUAUUCAAGUGCAGAAGCCCGGAAAGUGCAUCAAGUUGUUGAUCCAAGAAGUCAUGGGUAG